AAAUGUUCUUCCCUCUUCUCGGAAAAUGACGAGCCUACUCUUUUUUUUUUUGGGUCGGAUACGAGCCUACUCCUUCAGACAGUACAGAAGAGAACGCACUCCCGUGAUUGCGAACUCAUUACUUUGAGUUUGAGCUUGAGUUCGUGCAUCGACUGUUCAUCUCCUCCUCCAUUUCUGGGCUACUUUUGUACCCUUUCGUUCAGCAACCCAAAUCCUUCCAAAUUCAGACACUUUCGCAGUUCUUGAAAAGCUCCACAAAAGGAAAGGAAAUCAUGUCGGCGCAGAAGAGAGGUUUGCCUUCCACUUCUUCAGGUCAAGCAAGUCUGCUCAAGAGGCUGCGCGCCGCUCGAACGAAUCAAACAUGGCGUCGGUCUGGGAGGAAUCUUGUGCCGAGGAGCUGGUUGAUGGAGGAGGAUGUCCGGAGAGUGGUUAGAGAAGAGCUGGAGCGUGCUAAAAUUUCUCACUCAGCCGAGUAUUGUCAAAGUUGCCCCAGGACUGGUCUCGAAGGUAUAGUGCACUCGUUGCAAAAUGCUGUUCAGAAACUGGAGGAAGCAGCGGAGCCUGCAAACAGUCACUCUCCCCACCGCAGAAGGGCUAAUGCUAAAACAACAGCAAAGACUGAUGCCAGAAACUUAAAGCUUCAACUUCAGAAUAAACUGUCACUUCCGCUAUUUACUGGAAAGAAAAUAGAAGGAAAGGAGGGUGCUCCCAUUCGCGUUGCCUUGAUUGAUGCAGAUACAGGAGAUGUCAUUACAUCAGGCGUGGAAUCCUCCAUUAAGUUGGACGUAGUCGUGCUUGAAGGUGACUUCAACAAGGACGAUCAGGACAACUGGGCUCAAGAAGAGUUUGAGAAGUACGUGGCUAAAGAACGUGCGGGAAAGGGGUCUCUUUUGACAGGAGAUCUCCUUGUGACGCUCAAGAAAGGUGUUGGGGAGCUGGGUGAUAUGAUAUUUACUGACAAUUCCAGCUGGAAUAGGAGUAAAAGAUUCAGGAUAGGGCUUAAGGUGGCAUCGGGUUAUUGUUGGAACACACGAAUCCGAGAAGCAGUAACAGAUGCCUUCCGUGUCAAAGAACAUAGAGGAGAAUCAUCCCAGAAAAAUUAUCCACCUAAAUCUGAUGAUGAGGUCUGGAGGUUGGAGAAGAUUGCCAAAGAUGGGAAAUGUCACGAAAAACUGGUGAAAGUCGGAAUACAUAAAGUGGAGGACUUUCUUCUUCAACUGUUUACGGACUCCGACAAGUUGAGAGAGAUUCUUGGGAAGAGCAUAAUCCCGAAGAGCUGGGAUAGCCUAGUUCGUCAUGCAAAGACUUGCCAAAUAAGUCGGAUACUUUAUUUGUACUAUCUUGAUAGCAUGAGGAAGCGUGGUGCUCUAUUUGAUGCUGAUGGUAAACUGAUCGGCCUAAUCAAAGACAGGGUAUAUGUCGCUACUCAUCAACUUUCUGCCCAAGAGAAGGAACAUGGAGAUACAAUCGUGAAAAAGGCCUUUGAUAACUCGAAUGAUGUUAUGAAGCUCAAUGGUGAUACCUUUUCUCCUUCAAUACAAAUGAAAAGCUCGAGCUGCAUUUUUGAAGGACAAAUUGAAAAUCUCACCCUUGUUCAACGAAAUUUGGCUUCACAAAUUUGCGUCGCUCCAGGUGGUCCGGAAGCUCCUCUGGCAAAUGUGAGCUUCACUACUAAAGACCAAAAUGCCAUGAUGUUUUUAGCCGAUCAGCCCAUACCUGCAGACAACUUGAAUGUUCUGUUUCCUCCAGGAAAUAAUUCUACUGUUGGAUUGCCAAAACAGUCCCAUGAUAUCAACUUACAAUAUUUGAUCAGUAGCCCAGGAGGCUAUAUAGUAAAUGAGCAUGUUCUGCCCUCUGGAGCAACCUAUGCCUCAUUAUCAAGCUUCAAAUCUAGCAGUAGACUUUCUCCGCUUGAAGGCAUUCACGGAAUGGCAGAUCGAUCACCCGAUUAUGGUACUGCCAACUGGUUGGCCGGUAUUCAGAACCCACCAGAUGAUGACAUCUUCUUUCAGACCUCGCCAUAUUCUGCUAAUAGAAAUGCUUGGGCACGCUGGAUGAAGAUAUUUGUAGUGCUCAAGUGGUUUUGCCACAUUAGGAAAAGACGUGUCAGAGUUUGCAGUUAG